CCCGAGAGAGACACGCACGGAGAUCGGUCUCAGUUGAAGUGCCCCAUGCUGUGUGUUGCCGUCCCAUACCGAAUCGGGAAAUGCGUCUGCAAGUCUUGUUGACAAGAUAAUUCGCACGGGCUCAUUACGAAGCCAGACCCAGUGCUGCUGUGCGAACAACAACAACAACAACAGAAACAACAACAGCAACAGCACAACAGCAGCACAGCAGAACAACCGAGCUGACCCCGGAGAGCGCCUCGCACCUGCCCCGGUGACUCUCGCUCCAUCGGCAGCCGAUCAACGGCAUCGAGACCCCAGCGGGCCGCUGGGACCGUAACCCGCACGACGACCCACAGCCGCUCGGCUACAGAGGGACACUCGGAGGAGGAGGAAACGAUGUCGAGUCGCGACAGCUUCCUGAGCGAGAGGGGCUUCACGGUCCACGUCCCCGCCGGCGACUUGGGCUGCCCAGAAGAAGGCCGUGGCAAGGGCACCUCGGGCAGCAGCAGCAAUGGUCUCUGCAGGGGUCUCAUCACGAUCCUGGCCGCGCUGCUGGUGAUGGGGGCCACGGGAGCCAUCGUGUUCGCGCUCUACCAGGCGCGCCGGGACCUCGCCAAUCUCAAGCAGUCGCUGCCGAGCGUCAUCCACAGCGCGAUGAUCACCGAGCUGGAAGGUUUCCAGGUGGGACCGUACGAAAGACAGAUGACUGAGAAUAACUCGCAGUCGGGCAAGCCCUUGGCGCACCUCACAGUCCGCGCCUCCCCAGCGGCGUCUUUGCCCGCGAAGGGGGCGGGCAAUGUGAGCUGGGAGUCCCUCGCCUUGGCCGGCGUCUCCUUCCUGCGGAACGGCCUCAUCCUGCACAACGGCAACGUGCGCAUCGACAAAGAGGGAGACUACUUCAUUUACUCGCAGGUCUACUUCCAGAGCAGCGACUGCAGCGAAGGCGCCGGCGGGGACCACGUGCUGGUGCACGCGGUGAACCGCAAGGCGCCCAGCUACGAGAUGCCGUUCACGCUCAUGGAGGCCGUCAAGUCGCGCUGCGGCGACGGCGGCGGCAGCGGCGGCCUCGGGCACCGGCCCGCGACGCGCCGCCCCCCCCACCACCCGCACCGCCAAUCGCCGGGGCGGCCGUGGUUCGGCUCCAGCUACCAGGGUGGCGUGUUCAAGCUGGAGGCGGGCGACCAGCUGUACGUGUCCGUGUCCGACCUCAGCCUGGUGAGCGACGCGGCGGACAAGACCUACUUUGGGCUCUUCAUGCUCUGAGGUGUUUUGGACGACGGUUCCAGUCCACCCCCCCUCCCCCCCCCCCCCCCGGAUGUCCACGGCGGAGGGCGGGGGGG